AAGAGGCUCAGAGUCUCGCGUGCGAGAAAGAGAGAGAGAGAGAGAGAGAGAGAGAGAGAGAGAGAGAGAGAGAGAGAGAGUAAGAGAGAGAAAGACAGAGAAAGGAAAAGAUAGAGAAGGGAAUACACAUAGAGACACAGACAUAACCCGUGCAGCACUCUCGUUCGCUCGUUGCUCGUGUGGUAUCAGAGUAAUCUCUAGUGGUGUGUAUCAGUGUGGGCUUGCGGGUAUAGUGUGUAGGACUGCGAUCUCGUCGUCAACGAUGAGCAACUUCCCGUGUCAGUGGCGCGUGUGCUCUUUAAUUGCCUGUACUUGGUAAACCUGUCGACGACAACGAACUACGUGGACGACAACAUUGUGUGUCGCCUCGUGCAUGCUCUAACGUUAUCUCUCAAACAAACAUUGGAAAUCCUCAUCGCGGCAGUUCGUCAUCAUUAACGAAGCCUUUUGCUUUCGCGGACGUCGAUGCAUAUAGCGGCACAUCGUCUUCAUCAUCACCGCUGCUGCAGCCACCGCCGGAUUUCGUCUUUGGUAGCAGCGCCAGAGAAAAGAAAAAACAGCGCCGGCACGCCGCUUUGCUGUUGCUGUUGCCGCCGCCACCGCCACCGCCACCGCCGCCACCUCAUUUUUAAUAGAAGCGGGUCUCUCCAACAAGGCUACUUCGGUCCUGUUGAAAAGGAAUCAACAACCGCAACACAAGACAACACUGCUGCAGCAGGAAGUUGCCGGGGACACACUCACUACGGCUGCUAUUGCUGCUGUCCUGUUUACAUUCGCCACGGACAAGUGCGGUAAUUGCUGACAGUCCGGGGUGUCUCUGAUGCACUCCUUCAUUGUACCACAGCUUGUCGUAAGAUGGCUGUGCAGCUGGAUAGUGGAGGGAAAGAUGAUUUGAAAACACAAUUCCUCACACGGGAGGGAACAUACAAGCUAAUGACCCUGUCGGAGUACUCAAGGCCAAAUAGAGUAGGCUAUACCAAUAGUCAGGGAAGCACCUCCGUCAGGGUUUCUUUUGUUUCGCUUCCUGAUCCUGCUGAUCCCAAUGGCACACAGGGAUUGGGUGAUCGAAUGUGCUUUAACUUUGGGAAAGAACUAUAUGUGUAUGUCUAUAGAGGGGUUAAGAAGGCUGUGGAUUUAAAUAAACCAGUGGACAAAAAAUUAUAUAAGGGAACUAAUCCUACAUGUCAUAAUUUUAAUCAAACAACCGCAACAGCUGAAAUAGCUCCAUUAUUAGUUGGCUUUUCUACAGGAUUGAUACAAUUAAUAGAUCCUAUUAAGAAAGAGCUAAAUAAAUUAUACAAUGAAGAGAGGCUAAUUGAUAAAACGAAAGUAACUUGUAUAAAAUGGGUUCCUGAUUCAAGUAACUUAUUUUUGGUAUCUCAUAGUUCAGGUCAACUGUAUCUAUAUAAUGAAGAACUUGUGUGUGGCACAACUCCACCUCAUUAUCAACCAUUCAAAUCCGGUGAUGGUUAUGCAAUACACACAUGCAAGACCAAAUCCACAAGAAAUCCAUUGUAUCGAUGGGUAAUUGGAGCUGAAGGCUGCUGUAUAAAUGAAUUUGCUUUUAGUCCUGAUGGCUCCAAUUUGGCUGUUGUUUCUCAAGAUGGUUUUCUUAGAGUAUUUCAUUAUGAUACCAUGGAACUAGCUGGAUCGGCAAGAAGUUAUUUUGGUGGAUUUCUGUGUGUAUGUUGGUCACCAGAUGGAAAGUAUGUUGUUGUUGGAGGCGAAGAUGAUCUGGUCACAAUUUGGAGCUAUUAUGAAAAAAGAGUCGUUGCCAGAGGACAAGGUCAUCACAGUUGGGUCAGUGUGGUAGCAUUUGACCCGUACACAACGUCUUACGGAGAUCAUGAUCCCGACUUCAGCGGCUCUGAUGAUGAAAUGUCUGUACCUCAUAAUAACCAGAAUCACAUACGCGAAAAAACUAAUAGAUUAUCAACCACGUCUCAAAGUGGCCAUUCAAAUAGAAACUCUUGCAGUUCAGAGUUGAGGGUAGCUGGAGGCACAUGUUACAGGCUGGGCAGUGUCUCGCAAGAUACUCAACUCUGUUUAUGGGAUAUCACAGAAGACGUUCUUAGGCAGCCUGUAUGUGUCAAGCACAGAGCUUCAAUUUCUAUUGCCAAUUCGAGCGCUUUAACAUCUUCAGGAACUUUCAAUAGUGGAAAUGGAGCAAUGUCAAAUCAUCAUACAAAUAGUAAACAUGUAAAUUCUAAUAAUAUUAGUUUUAAAGAAAAUGCCAGCAGCAUGAACGAUAGCAGCAAUAAUAGUACAAGUACUAAUGUCGCUGUGUCAACAGUAAACUCACUAACUCAAAGGUUAGCAGGAGGAUUAGGUUUUGGCGAAAAAAGAGGUGAUAAUCACAAGAGGAACUUUAGCCUGACUAUUAGAGGAAGUGGGACACCGGGCAAUAGUACCGCGGUACAAAACAGUAAUGCAGACAAGGUGGGAACUAGUACAAAUGGAAGUAAUUUAAAUAGUGUUGGUGGAAGUGUAGGUACAAGCAAGAAAGUUAGUUCUGUGAUGGAUGACCCUAUGAAGUUGAUAGGAACUGCCUGGUGUCCCAGGUUUGAUGAGUGUCCUGUGUUGGAGCCAUUAGUGUGCAAGAAAUUGGCACAUGAGAGACUGACUGAAUUAGUGUUUAGGGAAGAUUGCUUCGUUACAGCAUGUCAAGAUGGAUAUGUGUAUACUUGGGCAAGACCUGGUCAUAUGGUAGGUCACCUCACCAUAAGCAACACUUUGCACAGACCACACAACCACAGCCACUCCUAUCCUGUUAAUUCUGUUCGGCCCAACGAUCUCUGAUGCAUUGUAAAUUCUUAUUGUUACCAAUUUUCUAUCAAUUAGAGUUUGCCUUUAUUACAUCUAUUCAAUAGAUCAGUUAUUGUGCUUGGAGGUAGACAUUUUAUGUUUAAUUAUGCCAUUUCUAUUGUUAUAAUUUUACAAUUGCCUUUUUAGCAUUUUAGUCAUUAUUUUAUGUUAUAAACAAUCUAUUGUAUGUGAAAAAUGAACGGUAGUAAAUAUGACGCUAAAUUAUUUGUGAUCAAUUUAAAACAAAGAUAUAAAUUUCAAAUUUUUUGAUGUCUGUAGAACAAAAAAUUUUUUAAAUCAUAAAACUCAAAAUGUGAUUAUUUUAAAAAAUUUUAUCAGUAUCGUUUAAUUAGUCGAACGAGCUGUAUUUCUUUGUAGUUUUUCUCUAAAUAAAACUAAAAAUUAUCUCAUUUCGAAAUAAUUUCAUAAUUUUAGUCUUUAUUUUAUUUUCUUCCUUUUUCAAAAUUAAAAUUAUACUAAUUGCGUUAUUUUAAGAUAUAAUAUUUCCACAUGAAUUUUUAUUUAAAAAUAUGACUGUAAACAGGAUACAUCUAAAAAAAAUUUUUUAUUAAUACUUGCAAAAUUCUAAGACUGAAUGUUAUCAUAAUCAUCAUCAUUAUCAUUAUCACAACAGUAGAAGACAACAGUACAAAUCAGUAAUCAAGUGUUCAUUACUUCUAAUUACUGUUUUAAUUUUGUGCUACAAUUGUAAUGAAGAGUUUAUAAUUUACUGCAGACCUUAACAAAAACAUCUGUUUGAUAAUUUGAUAGAUUUCACAGUGCUUUAAAUAUGAUGAACAUUUGAAAAACAAGUAGAUUGUAAAACAGUAGAGCAUAACUAAACAUAAAAUAAUUAUUUCAAAAUAUUAAUCAAUAAAUAUAUUAGAAUGUAUCAAAAAUAAUUUGUACAUAAUUAGUAUUACGGGAAAUAUUACAUCAUUUAUCAUAACAUUACUUAUGCAGAACAUCCAAUGUAGAUACUAAAAUAAUUUCUGUAUCCUAUAGCAAUUUCUUCGUUAUUGUUAGCACUCUUGAUGAGUAAACAAGAUUGUAACACAAAAUUAAAAAAGUCGUAAGCUAUAAAUAAGAAUGAUGAACAAAUAGCAUUAAUUGAAGCAUUGAAUGAAUAAAUUCAAUAAUUCACAUUCAUAAUUAAUUUUCCAAUUCUUUGAAUUAUUAUGAAUAAAAAUAGUAGUUUUUUUCUUCAAUUUUUAUUGAUUUCAAAAAUUAAAUUAAACGUUUAACUUUUAAUUAUCUAAAUUCAACUUAUAAUUACUUGGUGAUUGUUUUUUCAUUUUCUUCUUUUAAUACACCAUUGCGUUCUAUUGUUGGUUUGAUCAAUGAAGAAUAUAUUUUUAUAAAUGAUGUGCACUUCAGAGUUCAUUCAUUCAUAACAUAACUAGCUUUGCAUUCAAACUUUAAGAGUGUAGUUACAGUUUGCUUGCAUUAAAUUAAAAAAUCUUUUCACACUUAUGACAACUAAAAUCAAUUUGAAAUGUGCCAUUAAAAAUGUUGAAAAGAAUAAAACUAGCUAAUAUUUUCAUAUAGUUUAUGCAAAAUUUAAAAGUAAUGCAUUUUAUCAAGAGUAAAUUAAAAUUAUUUUACGUACAUUGUCAUGUAACAUUUUUCUAUUUCCUUGAUAAUUAUAGAUUUAUUCAUUUAUUAAGAUAACAAUUGUUUUAUUAACAAUUUUAAUUUUGAAAGCCUGUAUGCAGUUUAUCUAUUGAAGUGUUACGAGUUCAACAGUAAAUGUAAAAAUUUGCAAUAUAUAUAAAAUCUAAAAAUUAGGUUGCAUCUUUCUAUGCUUGUAAGUUUUCGAAGAAUUUCUUCAGGGCAGGCCCCUUUUAUUUCCUUCUUUCCUUUUAUAUUAAGAUUAAUUAUACUAAAAUCGUAAAUCAUGUAGUUUACCUAUACUUUAAAAGAUAAAAUAUCCAUUUUUAUAUUGAAAUUACAAAGUAUUUGUGUUAUGGAAUUAAAUAAAAUUUGACAUAAAAAUAACUUUGAGUGCUUACUGCUCAUCAAUUUAGUAAAUAAACCGCAAACUAUAUUCUCGAUUAUUUAUUGAAAAAUCUCGAUACACUGAAAAAAAUCUAGUACUUCCAAUUUUAAUAUUAAUCAAACGUUUUCA